GGAAGUGCUGCUGAUUGUCGCGGACACGAUGGCUUCAAGGUUACUUCGCGGAGCUGGAGGGCUGGCCGCGCAGGCCUUGAGGGCUUGCGGUCCCAAUGGUGCGGCCGCGGUGCGCUCCAUGGCCUCUCGAGGUGGCGUUCCUAGUGAUGACGAUCAGGCGACUGGGUUGGAGAGGGAGAUCAUGUUGGCUGCAAGAAAGGGACUGGACCUAUACAACAUACUGCCCCCAAAGGGAGCUUCAGGCACUAAGGAAGACCCUAAUUUAGUCCUUUCUGUCACCAACAAGAGAAUAGUGGGCUGUAUCUGUGAAGAGGACAACAGUACCAUCAUCUGGUUUUGGUUGCACAAAGGCGAGGCCCAGCGAUGCCCUAGCUGUGGGGCCUAUUACAAGCUGGGCCCCACCAGCUGGCACACUGAGCGCCUGCACUGAGUUACUCAAAAUAUGA